UGUGUACACGCGAGACGCUGCAGGCCUGUACGCAUCAGGGAGUGUUAAAUGAAGUUAAAAUCUGACUAAACAAGCGUAAAUUCAAGGUCAGUCGCGAGUAGGCUAUUAUUCAAACGUCAAAGAACCAACGAUUUAUAACUAACGGAAUAAUACGCUGUGUAAGCCAGUGCAUACAACGGGAAUCAAACUAUUUUAAGUAUUACAUUACAGUGGUGCUCUUUGCGAAGUUGAAUAGCCUACACAUUUUUAUGUGUCACAUUUCACCGAUAUGCGGAAUUCUUCAUAUGAGUCGAAUGCCAUAAUUUCCUAAAUUUCCAGGUUCUAAUUGGGAUUUUUCUCAAGAGGAGAAAAACGGAUGGGUUUGUUCAGAUGAUGUCCUUUCAUUUGUCUUUUUAUUGACUUUUACCUGUAUCUCAGCUGUCAAAACCAAACAACGCGGUGCACUUCGGUAGUAGAAGUCCUGUAGUACUUUCUCUCUAAGUUUACGAACAAUCGUCAGUGCUAAGGAAACUACAAUUUCCAAGAUAUACUUGACUAUUUUCUACAUACCUUUUUAGGCGGACUAAAGCGAAUACCACUACUGUUCGACAAAGAGGACGUGUGGCAGAAUCUUGGAAGCAUGGACUCAGUGCAAAACCUGAAAAGAAAGAAAACAUCGGUUGCUGGUAGUGUUUAUCUUCAUUAGUUUCGCAAGCGUGCAUGCUUGUCAUUAAUUCUUCAAAACUUACUUCCCCCUUCACGGAACUAGCACUGUCCUUCCUCAUUAGUUUGUGCGGAACGUGUCAACUUCAGUAGUGACGGGCAUUAUUUCGCUGCUGUAGGCUACGGACACCCAGAUUGCAUGCGCUGGACCAGGGGAGCGUGUUGGGAGCUUUAGGACUAAAUCCUACCUUAGCACAGUCUGCGAGAAUUUCUCCAUUGUGCCACUGGAAUACAAUUGCAAUACGAAAAAACGCCAGAAGGAUAAAUGUUGAUUACAUUUAGGUCCGAUUUUAAGGUUUAUGUUUAAAUGUUGUAAUAAAUACCAGUAGAUUAUGUUCUACUAUCUAAAUUUGUGAAUAUUAAUACGCUAUUAGGAAGCGAAUAUGAAAUUCAACGGGUACCUGAAGCUCAGGAUUGGGGAGGCGGUGGACCUUAAGCCAACAUCUACCUCUCUCCGACACUCCGUUAUGUUUAAUAAAACGUCUUCACCCCUGGAUCCCUAUAUUUUGGUCAAAGUGGACGAAAGCAAAAUCGGACAGACGCACACCAAGCAGAAGACAAACACGCCAACUUACAACGAAGAGUUUUGCCUUAACGUCAACGAUGCAAAGAACAUUGAACUUGCGGUGUUUCAUGACACCCCGAUUGGAUAUGACGACUUCGUUGCCAACUGUAAUAUACACUUCGAGGACCUGAUUAAAACGUCCAACACGGAGGAAACCUUCGAAGGAUGGGUGGACUUGGAGCCCGAGGGCAAGGUGUACAUUGUGAUCUCUAUCACAGGCUCCUUCGUCGACGACGAUGCCGUGGGAAGCGAGAGGCAGUACAAGCAGUUCAACCGGCAGCGGCAGGGGGCGGUGCGGCGGAAGAUCCAUCAGGUCAACGGGCACAAGUUCAUGUCCACCUUCCUCCGGCAGCCCACCUUCUGCUGCCACUGCAAGGAGUUCAUCUGGGGGGUUUUCGGCAAGCAGGGCUACCAGUGCCAAGUGUGCACCUGCGUGGUCCACAAGCGAUGUCACCAGAAGGUCGUCACUACCUGCCCCCGAAUGAAGAAGCCAGCCAAGGAGGAGACCACAGCCCAGGGCUUCAGCAUCAACGUCCCUCACAAGUUCAGCGUCCACAACUACAAGGUCCCCACCUUCUGCGACCACUGCGGCUCUCUCCUGUGGGGCAUCGUCAAGCAGGGCCUGCACUGCAAGAUCUGUAAGAUGAACGUGCACAUCCGCUGCCAGGGCAACGUAGCGCCUAGCUGCGGGGUCAACAGUGUGGAGCUAGCCAAAAAGCUGGCAGAGAUGGGACUACAGGCAGGAGGGCUUCAGAAGAGAAACUCUGUGGUGAGCACUGCCGGUGAAGGCCACGGCCGGCGGGGUAGCGGUGUGCAGAGCGAGGGCCAGCAAGGGGACUCGGAGGUGCAGACCCGGCGCCUGGGCAUCUCAGACUUCACUUUCCUGCAGGUGUUGGGCAAAGGCAGCUUCGGAAAGGUGAUGCUGGCUCGUCUGAACAGUACGGAGCAGGUGUUCGCAGUGAAGGUGCUGAAGAAGGACAUCAUCCUGCAGGACGAUGAUGUGGAGUGCACCAUGACGGAGAAGAGGGUUCUGUCCCUCGCUCGCUGUCACCCCUACCUCACCCAGCUCUACUGCUGCUUCCAGAGCUCCGACCGUCUCUUCUUUGUCAUGGAGUUUGUCAACGGGGGCGACCUCAUGUUCCACAUACAGAAGUCUCGAAAAUUCGAAGAGGGGAGAGCGCGAUUCUACACGGCCCAGAUCACCUCCGCCCUCAUGUUCCUACACUCCAAGGGCAUCAUCUACCGAGACCUGAAGUUGGACAACGUGCUCCUGGACAAGGACGGCCACUGCAAGCUGGCCGACUUCGGCAUGUGCAAAGAGGGGAUGUUUGAGGGCCUGGCCACCGGUACCUUCUGCGGCACCCCAGAUUACAUCGCCCCGGAGAUCCUGCAGGAGAUGCUGUACGGGCCCUCGGUCGACUGGUGGGCACUCGGCGUGCUGCUCUACGAGAUGCUGUCUGGCCACGCCCCCUUCGAGGCAGAGAACGAGGACGACCUCUUUGAGGCCAUCCUUAACGAGGAGAUUGUCUAUGCAUCCUGGCUGAGCACCGACGCUGUGGCCAUCCUUAAAGCUUUUCUCACCAAGAACCCGCUGCGUCGGCUGGGCUGCGUGGCGGCGGACGGCGGGGAGAACGCCAUCGUCAGCCACGCCUUCUUCUCGGGCGUCGACUGGGAGAAGCUGAACCGCAAGGAGAUCGAGCCGCCUUUCAAGCCCAGGAUUAAAACUCCGGAGGACGUUAAUAAUUUCGACCCGGACUUCACUCGAGAGGAGCCCACGCUCACACCCAUCGAAGACUCGCUGAUCCCCGCCGUCAACCAGGAGGAGUUCCAGAGCUUCUCUUUCACCUCCCCGGAUCUGCUCCUUGGCUAGCGCUUCUGCUCCUCUGUCCCUCUCCCCAUCCCUGUCUUCCUCUUCCGCUUCCUCUCUGCUUUAGUGCUGUCUGCACCCGCCUGUCUGUGUGUCUCUGCCUUCACCUUCACUUCCUUCCUAUUCCUCCUGCCUCUUGCAGCUGCUGUGACUGAGCAUGGUGUACCCAAAGACCCUGAUGCAGUGCAUGCUGGGUGUGUGGCCUCGCCAGCGUCCCCAGGCAAGCUGGGCUGCAGGGCGCUACACAGAGCGCCCGGAACAUUGGGCACUCCCACACCUGCCACCAUGCCCUGGGAGGGGGGGCAUUCUGAUAGGAUCACGCCACCAUAAGGAGCCCGGGUGUUUGGCUCCCAGGGGGAGGGGCUGAGAGCGCAGAGAUGUGGCGAUACUCUGGUCCUGACGAUUUCUCUCAGAACGACCUUUUCAUUCAACAUCCCCCUCUUUUCCUUUAAUCUCCACCGUUUAAAUUUCAAUUCUUUCUACUUUUUUCUUGUUUGAACUUGCCCAGUACGCGUCAAAACAACGCGAGUGAAAUUUGCAUUCAGGUACUUUGAGGCGAUGGGCGGUGCUUGCUGUCUGAACGGCGCGGGGACAUUUUCCGCCGCGCGUGUCUCACCCAAAGAGGCCGAGCGCUACGUGAGAUUGCUCACGUCAGCUGCGCCCCCUUCACUAAGAGCGCUGAAUAUAGAGUGCGAACCCGAAUCUGAUGCACACCGCCGCCGUGCACAGCCUCAGCCCACCGCACCACGGUGAGUCACAGCAGGCAGCUUCCAGUAGACGCGACUGUUGGGCAGUCCCUUACUGCCGAGGCUUCCUGCCAGCGUCAGGCCACUCAUUAGCAUCCCAUGGAAGGGCCUUGUGAAAUACUUUUCCGGUGAUGUGGUUCUCAGAGCUGGACUAUUAGCCUGAAGAGAAAAUGGAUGCCAGAUUACUUGACAGUUCAGCCUGUUGGUUUCUGUGAAGGCAGGAUGGGGGAAGAAUAGAGAAUUUGUUUUAGACACUGGCUGUGCAGUUCAUAACAGUAAACUGCAUUACUUCAAUGGCCGUACUCUUCUGUUUGUGUGUCUGUUUGCAUUUUUUUGGGGUCUUGGAGCCAUCUCAGUGAUCUCUACCAGUCAUCUGUCAGGAAAUACACUGCGUGGGUCUGUUGUGCUAUGCGUGUGGCCAGCCGUUUCUCAUUCACUUACACGUACCUCCACAAGCCACUCCUUAAGCCAGACUCAUCCAGUGCAAUCUUAUUCAUCGCUUGCCUGAAUGCAUUGCUUUCAGUUACCACAAAAAGCCUUCUGCAUAGAGAAGGACUGAAAGAUCUCAUGUGGAGACUUCAAAGCUGUUGCCUUUAGUCCGUGAUCUGAACGGCCUGCUUUUGGUUUACUGAAACAUGAGAGUUCAGAACAGCCGAUAUGUAUCUAGUAUAUACGAGUGAGACAAACACAGUUGUCUUACUUACCUUUAUUUCAAAAUAUUAGCGGUCUCCAGUGCUCCGUCUAUUGUAACCAUGACUGUAAAAGAAGUAAAAGUGGUUGAAAAGAGUUUUAAAAAAUCAACAAAUGCAAUUUAUUUAUUUGUACACAUUGCUUAUCUGGAAUAAUGUACUGUUAUUAAAACUAUGUUAACAAAUGUGAAUCUCACAAAUCGUUUUGAAUUGUAUUAAAGGGCAUAGUUUUUCAGGUAUUAUUGAAUGUACAUUUGCUCGAUUACUGCGCAUUACAUUCCGUCACAUAGAGCCUGUGGAAUGGGGUGAGAGCAUUGAGGCCUACCAAGAAUGUACAGAACUAGUCCUUUUUACCCACUCUGAUGACUGUUGACUUACACGUCUGUAAAUAAUUAUGCUUUCACUGUAGUACUGGUAAACUUGAGCACUGAAUCAAAUCUCUCGUGAGAUGACCCUGUCGGCGGCAUGCUGUCUGUGUCCUGCACAGUGAGACACUGGCUGUGGUUCAACACGCAGCUGGAUAGCCUCUUUUGUUCCAGGCACAUUCUCAGUACUGCAGAAUAAGUAUAAAAAAAACACACAUACAAAGUAAAAUAAAAAUCUAAUUGAUGA